CUUGUUUUUCCGGCGAUGAUUGUGCUUUUGAUUGUCCUGUGCAUCACGGAUGGAGUGCUCUCUCAGAUACGCUACUCUGUGCCGGAGGAAGCGGACCAUGGCGCCUUGGUGGGGAAUAUUGCCGAGGACCUGGGACUGGACCUUACCAAACUGGCCUCCCGCCGCUUCCAGGUGGUGCCCAGCUCUCGGACACCAUACCUGGAGGUGAACCUGGAGAACGGCGUUCUAUUCGUUAGUGAGAAAAUCGACCGGGAGCAGAUUUGCAAGCAGAGCGCCAGCUGCCAGCUCAACAUGGAGGUGUUCUUGGAGAACCCGUUAGAGCUGUUUAGGGUUGAGAUCGAGGUGGUAGACAUUAAUGACAACCCACCUAGUUUCCCAGAGACGGACAUUACGGUGGAAAUCUCAGAGAGCGCCACUCCAGGCACCCGUUUCCCCCUGGAGAGCGCGUUCGACCCGGACGUAGGCUCCAACGCUUUACGCACAUAUGAUAUCACCAAUAACAACUACUUUUACUUGGACGUGCAGACCCAAACGGACGGUAACAAGUUCGCGGAGCUUGUGCUGGAGAAGCCACUGGACCGGGAGCAACAAGCAGCGCACAGGUACGUGUUGACCGCGGUGGAUGGUGGUCAGCCUCCCCGGACUGGCACCGCGCUGCUGGUGGUUAAAGUGCUGGACUCUAACGAUAACGUGCCAGUGUUUGAGCAGUCUGUUUACACAGUGAGCCUCUCUGAGAACGCACCAGUAGGAACACUGGUCAUCCAGCUGAACGCCACCGAUAUGGACGAGGGUCUUAACGGGGAGAUAGUUUAUUCCUUCAGUAAUCACAUCUCCAGCCGCGUAAAGGACCUGUUCAGCAUAGACCCGCGCACAGGGCGCAUCGAGGUGCGCGGAGAGGUGGAUUUCGAGGAGAGCAGCCUGUAUCAGAUCUUCGUCCAGGCUAAGGAUCUGGGGCCAAACGCUGUGCCCGCGCACUGCAAAGUCCUGGUCAAAGUCACCGACCUGAACGACAACGCACCGGAGAUCACCUUCAGCACUGUCACCGAGUCUGUGAGCGAGAAAGCGGUUCCGGGCACCGUCAUCGCCCUGCUGAGUGUGACGGACCUGGACGCAGAGGAGAACGGACAGAUCCAAGUGGAAAUCCUCGGUGAUGUCCCCUUCAAAUUAAAAUCCUCCUUUAGGAAUUAUUUCACCAUUGUGACUGACGGGCCGCUGAACCGGGAGCAGGCGGACUCCUACUCCGUCACCGUGGUCGCGCGGGAUAAAGGUACGCCCUCCCUAGCCACCAGUAAGUCCAUCAGAGUCCAGGUGUCAGAUGAGAACGAUAACGCGCCCACAUUUACGCAGACCAUAUAUGAUGUGUAUGUGACAGAGAAUAACGUGCCAGGGGCGUACAUACACGCUGUGACGGCUCUGGACCAGGACAUGGGACAGAACGCGCUCAUCAGCUACUCCAUAUUAGAGUGUGACAUCCAGGGCAUGUCAGUCAAAACCUACGUGUCAAUCAACGAGGAGACAGGCUAUCUGUACGCACUCAGGUCCUUUGAUUAUGAGCAACUGAAGGAUUUCACAUUCAUGGUCCAGGCCAAAGAUGCAGGGAACCCUGAGCUCUCCUCCAACGCCACAGUCAAAGUCAUCAUCGUGGACCAGAAUGACAAUGCCCCCGUGGUGCUGGCCCCCCUGGGGAAAAACGGCACAGCCAAGGAACCCCUGCCCCGCUCAGCUGAACCGGGCUACCUGGUGACCCGCAUUGUGGCCAUGGAUGCAGAUGAUGGUGAGAAUGCCCGGCUGUCCUACAGCAUCCAGAGGGGGAACGAGAACGGGAUGUUCAGGAUGGACUGGAGGACCGGGGAGCUCCGGACAGCCAGGAGAGUGUCGGCCAAGCGAGACCCCCACCAGCUGUACGACCUACUGAUUGAGGUGAGAGACCACGGCCAGCCUCCGCUGUCCUCCAGUGCCAGCGUGCUGGUGAUGCUGGUGGACAGCGUGGCAGAGGGCCGUGGCGGCGGGGACCGAGGAGGAGCCACCAAGGCCAAAGAUGGUACUCUGGAUCUGACCCUCAUCCUCAUCAUCGCCUUGGGCUCCGUCUCCUUCAUCUUCCUGCUGGUCAUGAUUGUGCUGGCUGUGCGCUGCCAGAAGGAUAAAAAGCUCAACAUUUACACCUGCCUGACCAGCGACUGCUGCCUAAGCUGCAGCUCCUGCUGCUCACGGCAGAGCCGGGCUCGCAAGAAAAAGCUCAGCAAGUCGGAUAUCAUGCUGGUGCAAAGUGCCGUUAACGUCAGCGGGGCCGGUACUGCUCAAGUCCCCGUGGAGGAGUCAGGGAGCUUCGGCUCCCAUCACCAAAACCAGAACUAUUGCUACCAGGUAUGUCUGACUCCAGAGUCUGCCAAAACCGACCUCAUGUUCCUAAAGCCGUGUAGUCCAUCUAGGAGCACAGACACCGAUCACAACCCGUGCGGGGCCAUAGUGACAGGGUACACAGACCAGCAGCCUGACAUCAUAUCAAACGGCAGCAUUUUAUCAAACGAGACCAAACACCAGCGAGCUGAACUCAGUUACCUGGUUGACAGGCCGAGACGUGUCAACAGCUCGGCUUUCCAGGAGGCAGACCUGGUCAGCUCCAAAGACAGCGGCCACGGAGACAGUGAGCAGGGGGACAGUGAUCACGACGCCACUAAUCGAGGCCAUACCUCCGGCGCCGAUCUGUUCUCUAACUGCACGGAGGAGUGUAAGGCUCUGGGUCACUCCGAUCGCUGCUGGAUGCCGAGCUUCGUGCCCUCUGAUGGGCGCCAGGGUCCAGACUACCGCAGCAACCUCCACGUGCCCGGCAUGGACUCGGUCCCGGACACAGAGCGAGGAAAAGGGUUUGCUAGCUCUUUUCGCGUGGACAUACCGGAGACCGCGUGA